CUCUUUUGCUCUCUGGAUUUCACAAGGAGCAAGGGCUUAGAACUAAAUGUUGAUGAAUUACUCUAGUGCCAAUGAAUUUUAUCUCCUUGGCUUCUCUGGCUCUGAAGAAUCACAUCAUAUCCUUUUUGCUAUAUUCUUUUUCUACUUGGUGACAUUAAUGGGAAACAUGGUCAUCAUCGUGAUUGUCUGUAUGGAUCAACGUCUGCAGUCCCCCAUGUAUUUCUUCCUUGGCCACCUCUCUGUCCUGGAGAUUCUGGUCACAACCAUAAUCAUUCCUGUGAUGCUUUGGGGAUUGCUGCUGCCUGGAAUGCAGCCAAUAUCUUUGUCUGCCUGUGUUGUCCAGCUCUUCCUGUACCUUGCUGUGGGGACAACGGAGUUUGCAUUACUUGGAGCAAUGGCCGUGGACCGCUAUGUGGCUGUGUGUAACCCUUUGAGGUACAACAUCAUUGUGAACAGACACACCUGCAACAUUGUGGUUCUUGUGUCAUGGGUUUUUGGGUUCCUUUUUCAAAUCUGGCCAGUCUAUGCCACGUUUCAGCUUACUUACUGCAAAUCAAAUGUGGUGAACAACUUUUUCUGUGACCGAGGGCAGUUGCUUAAACUAUCCUGCAAUAAUACUCUUUUCACAGAGUUUAUCCUCUUCUUAAUGGCUGUUUUUGUUCUCUUUGGUUCUUUGAUCCCUACAAUUGUCUCCUACACCUACAUCAUCUCCACCAUCCUCAAGAUCCCAUCAGCCUCUGGCCAGAGGAAAGCCUUCUCCACCUGUGCCUCCCACUUCACCUGUGUUGUGAUCGGCUACAGCAGCUGCUUGUUUCUCUGUGUGAAACCCAAGCAAACGCAGGCAGCUGAUUACAAUUGGGUCGUUUCCUUGAUGGUUUCAGUAGAAACUCCUUUCCUCAAUCCUUUUAUCUUCACCCUCCGGAAUGAUAAAGUCAGAGGUCCUUCGUGAUAGGGUGAAACACUGCUGUCAACUAUUCAGGAAUUAGCCCUGCUCUGAGGCAUUUUACAUGGUAAAGCAUUUAGUAUGGAUUCUAGAAUAAUCUGAAAAAAAAAAAAACUUGCUAUUCUUUGAACU